GAUUACUUUCAAAUUAGAUAGAGUAUACCUAUCAAUGUUAUUUCUUUCACAUGCUACAGUUUAGAAAGAACGGAACUGAUGGUCUAUUUAUUCUAGAUUGAGGAUAUAUGCCGGACCACAAAAGCAGCUGCUGCUCCUGUUAUUCCUGAUUCUGAAGGCACCGAUACAAAUCCAUUUUCUUUGGAAGCUCUUGCUGUUUUCAUGUUUCGUGUGCUCCAACGGGUCAAUCAUGAUAUCUCCAUUGCCUGGUGAUGUUAAAACUAUCUUAGAUGAGGUGCUUAGCUUAUUCAUUCAUGGAAGAGCGGAGCUAUUAGAAGGUUGGGCACAGUCACAGUGGGAGAAGAGGUUGCGUGAGAUCUUGUUCGGGAAUGCUGAUUAUCUUAAAUCCAUUCAGGUUCCCUUUGAGGUUGCUGUGAAAGAAGUAGUGGAACAGUUAAAGGCUGUGGCAAAAGGUGAUACCAAAACACCUGAUACUGCGAAGCGGAGGUUCGGCAAUAUCAUUUUCGCUGCUGUGACAUUAUCCCAGGCAGAUAUAUUGGGCCUUGUCCAUCAGUUGCGGAGAACGACACUGAUGUCAACAAUUUUCUUAACGGCAUAAAAUUAGAGGAUAACCUGAUGAACGUGCAUGUCACCCUCGCCCACAAAAGAGCCCAUGGUGUAGCUGCAGUUGCAAGUUACAGCGUCUACCUGAACCAGAAAGUCCCCGUAUCGUUUAAUGCAUUCUUCUACAACGACAAGAUGGCUGCGCUCGGAGCACAUCUUGGAAUGGUAAAUGGCGAGGCUAUUGUCUCUAAAAAUGAUUUUCCACAUUGUACUCUAUGGACAGUCGGAGGUGUUGCACCAAAGGAAGCAAACACACUGCCACAGUUGGUUUCCGAAGGAGAAGCAAAGCGGGUGUUGAUCGACUCUCCUAUCACCAUCUCUGGAGUAGUAAACUUUUAUUGAUUCGUCAUCUUGUUUAGAUUAGAUUGAUGCAUAAAUAACGAUAAGAGCAUUGUAAAUGUUAGUUUAAACUUCAUAAAGCUUCGCCCUUGUUCUAAUAAUGGAGCAAUGGAUGCCUCCGUGUGUUGUCCCCGAAUUUCUUACUGGACCAGUUUCAACUGUU